UGAUAGAUCUAGAUUUAGAUCUAAUUUAUUAUUCUAAAUUUGAAUUUCUGUGUUAUUUUUUGUGAUUACAAGACGAACCUUCACAACGCGGACUAUCACACUAGAUGACUAGAUUUCACUAGAUCUAGUAUCAGUAUCACAAAAUGAAAAUACCAGCAGCCAACUGCCCAUUGCCCAUAAUAGCAUUUAUAGAAUAGAUUAGAUCUAUUAUUAGAUGGUCAUAGUCAUAGAAUAUGAUUGAUAGACCUCAAUACUCAAUAAUCUUAUACUAUACACUUAUUCAUCGUCUUAUUGAGUUAUUCUAGAUUAGAUUGAAUUUAGAUCUAGACAUUCUAGUAUUUCUAGACUAGAUUCUAGUCUAGACUUAGAAUCUAUCUAUUAGUUAUUAGAUGUAAUUUUAUCUAGAAUCUACAUCUAGAUAUAGAAUUUAGUAGAACUACUUAAUUCUUAAUUUCAAGAGGUGAUCUAAAUUUCAUGCUCUGCAAAAUGUCUGCAUUAGCCAAUGAAACCUAUGCUUCUUAUGAUUCCAAGUCUAAUACUAUUUUAAUUGCAGACGGUGAUAAUCAGUAUAGACAGCGAUUUCAAAAUAUGAAGUUAGUUGUCAAAGAACUACAAGACCAGUUAGCAUUGUACAAAAACAGAUGCUCAGGUGUAGAUACAGUGGCACUUAUGUUAAAAGAGUCCAAAUUAGAAGUACUGAAACUAACUCGUCAGUGUAAAGCUUUAGAGACAGCAGUUGCAAAUCUACAAAACAGGCUUUCAAUAAAUGGAUUACCUAGCAGUCUUAAUAUUGAAGAGACAGAGCGUUUUGUACCUGGAGCUUCAAAACAAACUUUGGAUAAUCUUGCUAGAGAAAAUGCUAGAUUAAGAAGUCAGCUAAAAAGUGGUGACAGCCAAACAGGAAAAAAACCAGAGGAAAUCCUUUCAAACAGAGAUGUUGAUGUUUUGGAAUAUGAAAAUAAAGAACUGAAAACAAAAAUGGACCAAUUGGAAAAUAUUAAAGUAGCUAUUGUCAAACAAUAUGAAGAAGAGAUAUCUAAAAUAUCCAAUGAGAAAAAAGAGUUAGAAGUCCAGUUAACACAUUAUCUCCAUAGUCACCAAACAGCUGAUGCCAGCUCACCUCAUAGAGCUGAUGUAUUAGAUGCCGAGUGUCAGACUCUUGACUUUCAUCCCAACAGUAUAGAAGAAUUCAGGAAGUCUCUGAAAAUGUUUUCAUCUCAGUGUAUGAAGCUGGAUUCAGAUUUAGAAAAUAUGCUUGAUAGUAAUUUUGUUAUCAAGUCCAAUUUGGCAGCUUCAGAAAAGAGUACAAGAAUAAGUGAAGAAAACUAUGCUGAUUUAGAGCAAAGAUUAAAACAGGUUAUUUUAAUGAAUCAGCGCUGGCAGGCACAUAAUGACAGUCAAGAACAACAGGUUCAUUUACUAGGUGCCAGAAUAGCAGAGCUAGAAGAAAUUAAUCAGGAAUUGGAAAAAAAAAUUGAAAUGGACAGAUUACAAUUUGAAGCAUUACAACUGGAAAAUAUGAGAUUUAAAGAAGAUAUUGAUCAUUUAUCUAGAGAAACUCUGAAGCGUCAGCAGCAACAGUUUGACCCAAGUAUAGUUGAAAUUUUAAAACAACAAAUUCAAGUGUGUACAGAGGAUUUUAACACAGAAAGAAAAGACAGGGAGCAGGCUGUGAAUAGGUCAAAAAUACUGCAAGAUGAAAAUAACAGAUUAAAUCAAGAGAUAGUUUUACUAAAACAGAAUAUAGAAUUAUUAAGAGCUUCUAAACAUCCACUGGAGUUAAACAGGUCUGUUACACAAGCCCCACUUUAUCAAGGACAGAAUAUGAGAUUCAGAGCAAGAGGUGACUAUGUAACACAAAAACUGCCUCAACAUCUUUUUCCUUCAAAUUCCUACACUGGAACAUCACCAGCACCUUCUAUGUCUCCUGUAACAUCACCUGUACCCAUGUCACUGUCAUCAUCAAACUUGUCAGGUGACAGAUCAUCCUCCUAUGCCUUAAGUUCACAAGAAAACCCUUUCAGGGCUGGUCCUGUCUUUCCAGUACAGAGAGGUCAUAUAGCUCGGUCUGAAGCCGACUACAGUAGCCUACCUCGAAGUAGCAGGAGCUCAACACCAGACAGCCAGCUUCCCUCAAGUACAUCUCAGCCUUCAGAUAACAGUAACAUUUCAAUGCCAAUGAUAAGCAGGAAAAGCACUGGCUCUAAGUCAAAAGGAGAUUUUUUGGCAUGCCCAAAGUGUAAUCAAGAGUAUCCAGAACAUGAGCUUGUGGCUCACAUAGACAAAUGUAAAGAUUAAAGUAUAGCUUUUACACAUUAUAUAGGUCAUUGAUAGACUCAAUCAAUGGAUUAUGGAUACUUUCAUCACAUUUUCUGACACAGAAAUUUUUUUUUCUUUAUAAAGUUUGAUUAUUUAAAGGUGUUUAAUUGAAAUUCAUUUAGUGAACUGAAUAAAAAUAGAACACCAUCUUUAUCAUUAUUAACUUAAUUAAUUCUGCUUAAAUUCCAAGCCUUUGAACUUUAUCUUGCUUAAAUUCCAAGCAGAGUUUAAAUUCCAUUCUUUGUCCUCCCCUUUCUGGCCCUAUUACUGCAUUAGUUAAGUGUUGCUAACAAAUAAUUGUAUUAGCAAAUUAGUCCUUAGGGUCAACAUUACAAUAUGGUAUGUUCAUACAGUAAAUGUAACAAAAUUUGAACAAUUGAAAAAGCUGAAGAACUGAACUCAAAAUGAUAAUUAAAUCUUGUAUAAUGAAUUAUUACUUUGCACCAACUAUCUCAGCUCUUGAAACAUUUUGAAUCAAAGAAUGUUUGCCGUUGUAGCAUUUAACUUUUAUGUCAUUUUAAUCCAUUUAUUAAAAUAUGCAGAAGACUGGAACAACACCAAAAGAAAGCAGUAAUUUGUAUCAUAAUAAAUGCAUUCUCAAGGGUAACACACUAAUAAAAUAACUAAAUUUUGAAAUAUUCCAGAAUAGAUGAUGAAAAUUGAAGUAGCAGUAAUACAUAGAACACUAAUUUACAAUUACUUAAACAUAUCGGAAGAAAUAUGAAAAAAAAAACAUACUUUGCAUUCCAAAUGCCUAGGCAACAUUAUUCUGAGCAAUUGCAUGCAGCUUAAAGUAAGAAGGAGGGCAUAUCAAUAAAUAGAGUUUAAUUCUCUUAAUAAUCAUACAUGAAUAGUGAAAUAAUGGACAUGAGCAAGACAGUUAUAAAUAUGUUAUUUACUAAAGAAAAUCUGUACAUUACUAGCAAAGAUAAAACAAAAUUCAAAUAACUAUUACAAAUACCAAGCAAGUUAAAAAGGAAAGGAUUUAAAUAUAAAAACUGUCAAAAAGUUCAUCUUUACUAUUUCUUAAUAAUGCAUAUUUGUAAAUAAAAUCAGUUCAUUUCAUUUAAUUAAAUAAAACGUCAUUGUUUUUCUUUUUAUAUUUUUUUUUUUAUUUUAGUGUUAUAAUGACACUAACCAAAAAAGACAUAUUUUUGUUUAAAUGUAAAUGGUGAAGAAGGUUACUUUGGACAUUAUAAAUGAAUGGAUAAUUUGUUCACCUACUUCUUUGAUUUUCCUAUGUAAAGUAAAUGUCUCAUAUGUGAAUCAUGCAUGCAUAGAAUGGUUUAGAAAAUAUUUUCUUUUAUUUUUUUCUAGUCCAAGUGUUGCAUUUCGUUAUUCAUCUUAAUAAAAUAUAUUUCCCAUUGUUGGAGGCUGUACAGUUCUGUAGCAUUACAAUUAAAUAAGUUUGUUGUUAUUCUUCUCAAAAAUGUGUGUAGAUGUUCUGUCGUCACUACAAAGAAAUGUGGCAUGUGCAUCGGCUUUAAGGAUUUUAUUGUAAGAAAUCCAAGGCAUAAACAACAAAUUUUGGUCAAGGGGAUGUUUUAAGAAGGUUAAAUCAGCUAAGGCAGAAAAUCCUUUUAAGUAAUUUAUAUUUAUUCCAAGGCCACCAUCAUGAAAUUCAAAGUGGCUACUUGGUCAGACACUGGCCAGUUUGGGUCAUGGUCAUUUCUUGACCUUAUUUUUGGUUAUUAUAAUAAAUGCACAUUUUUUUGUUUAUGUUUUUUUUUUUACAACCAUGUUUCGGCUUACUAGUUAGGGAAGGUACUGCUGUGGGUGCACAUGUACAAAGUUGUUUUUUUUUUAAUGGUGGACAUUUUAAUUUAAAGAAAAAAAUAUAUUAUUUUACAUUUAUUUAGAAUUUUGUUAGCCUAUUAUCAAAUCUUUUAAUAUGCUGGUUGUAUUUUCUUCUCUUAAUUUAAUAUGAUGCUUUUGUUUCUGAAAGUAAAGUAUAUUAAAUGUUUGGGUACAGCUGCUACAAAACCAAGAGGCAUUAAACAGAAUAUAAGGUGAAUGGGAUGUGUGCUAUAUAGAGUUCAACUUUUGAGUGUGACCUGAUCAUUAAAAAGUAGUCAACUAGGAAGGUUUCAAAAGUUAUCAAAAUGUUGUUUUUUUUUUCUAGUAAUGUAAAGUUCUAUUUGAGUUCCACAAUGUCCAUUUGUAAAUCAGAGAACAUGUUUCUUUAAUCAAUCAAUUUAAUUGGCCGUCAUGUAACCUUCUUUAAGACCAAACAACAAGUUGAGUUAGGUCAGUUGAAAUACUGCCACAAAUAGACAUACUGUUGUUAUGAUUUGAAUGAUUUCCACAUUUAGAUCCACAAUGCCCUAAUACCCAAACUAACUAAUGCCAAACUAAGAUGUUUUUUUCCAUAGCCUUUUUAUUCUGUCAGAAUGUUGGAAGUAGUUCUUGAAUUUCUCAUCCAAGAUCUGCUACUAGCUAAUGGAGACGUCCAGUACCAACGAGGCAAUUAUUUCUCAUUUUAGUUGACACUGUAAAUUAAUUUCAUCAUGCUGGAAUGGUUUCGUUCUAAAAAAAAAAAAAAAACCCUAACCCUAGAAUUUACACUUGGCAUUUUGAAGUUAUGACAUCUGUCACUUAAAUAUGAAAGUGGUUUGGCUUAAGUAUGGAUGGUAGUCUAUACCUAGAACUGUAGACAUGUCUAUUACUGGUAAAUAAUUUGAACUGUAUAUAACUUUUAAAAUGUUUUUAUAAGUUAUGUUAUUUAAAUAUACUAAUAUGUUUACCAAU